UAUGUCAGUGCUAUGGCAUUAGAAAUAUUUCUACCAUGUUAUUAUGCCAACGAAAUAAUCGUGGAAUCAGAGAAUUUGAGCAAUCAUCUCUACAAUUGCGAUUGGACUAAGAUGUCUUUGUAUAAUAGACGUCAAAUUUUUCUUUACAUGGAACAUUUAAAGCAGCCAAUAGCUUUGUAUGCCGGAGGUUAUUUCCAAAUUGGGCUGCCGGUUUUUUCGAAGACUAUGAACAAUGCCUACAGUCUCCUAGCUCUGCUGGCCAACGUCAAUGAAGAAGAGUGAGAUUAUAUUUGAAUCGCAUAAUCACAACGGAAGACACUUAUUAUCAUAAUGAGAGUUAAAUAUUUUUAGCUUAAACAAACGCACUUCACACAAAUUAUUUAUAAUUUUAUGUAUCCUAAGUUAAGGCACCUGAAUACAGGACAAAGCAAGAA